GAACUUUGGGGGGAAACUUUGCGUGGUUGAUAGAGACGCCAAUGUUCGUACGAUCCCUCCCUGCUUUAAAGACGCCUCUUCGGAGAGGAUUUACCUCAGGAACGGUGUCGGGCUUGGUUGAGGCAAUCGGUAACACUCCUCUUAUCAAGCUAGAAAAGCUUUCGAAGGAAACCGGAUGUACCAUUCUUGGCAAGGCAGAGUUUCAGAAUCCGGGUGGAAGCGUCAAAGACAGGGCGGCGUUAGGGAUUAUCCUUGAUGCUGAGAAGCGUGGCUUGCUCAAGCCUGGUGGGACUGUCGUGGAGGGGACUGCAGGCAACACUGGUAUCGGUCUGGCUCAUGUAUGCAGAGCAAGAGGCUAUAAAUGCGUGAUAUACAUGCCUAAUACGCAGAGUCAAGAGAAAAUCGAUCUGCUUCGCAUGCUGGGGGCAGAGGUCUACCCUGUCCCUGCUGUCGCAUAUGAGAAUCCGCAGAACUACAAUCACCAAGCGAAGCGACACGCCGAGAACGACCCUAAUUCCGUUUGGACCGAUCAGUUCGACAACACCGCCAAUGCGGAUACGCACUACCGGACGACUGGGCCCGAAAUUCUCUCGCAAGUCGGAGGCUCGGGGAACAUCGAUGGAUUCAUCUGUGCUACGGGCACUGGUGGGACUCUCAGUGGUGUAUCACGAUAUCUGAAGGAGAACGCGAAGGGCGUGCAGACUUGGCUGGCCGAUCCUCCUGGUAGUGUUCUCGAUAGCUAUAUUCGAUCUGGCGGCAAGCUGAAGCAUCGUGCGGGAAGCAGCAUUACGGAAGGCAUUGGUCAGGGCCGCGUCACUAACAACAUGGCGCCGAUAAUCGACCAGAUGGAUGGUUCAUUCUCAAUACCAGAUGAGGAAACGGUAGAAAUGCUGUACCGUUUGUUGGAUGAAGAGGGUUUAUAUCUUGGCGCGAGUUCCUCGCUCAAUGUUGUCGCUGCGGUUGAGCUUGCCAAGGUUCUUGGAAAGGGUAAAACCAUCGUGACUAUCCUUUGCGAUGGAGCAUAUCGGUACCAGACUCGGCUGUUCUCACGCACAUGGUUACAGUCGAAGAACAUGGAGUCUGCAAUUCCGGAUCAUCUGCAGAAGUAUGUUGUACUACCUUAGAAUCAACAAGGAAUGUGGAGCGGUUUAAGGACAGGGCAACGAUAAUUCCCCAUUCAGCUGACAUAAGUGACUGAUAAUGGGUUAUCAUCGGUGAUCCGGACCCUUACGACCGCAGGGUAAUUCCGGAGCCUGGGGAAUGGGAAGGCAAUCUCCACUUUACGCACGCAGGAGAGAUGGAGAUAUUGUCCCAAAUAAAGUCGUUAUUUC